GCCCCCGCCCUCCAACCACGAGCCCACCCACCGCAACCAUGUCCGACAACGAGAACGGCGACGAGCUUGUAACCAAGCCCUUCAAGUUUGUCACUGGCUUCGACGCCCGCUUCCCCAACCAGAACCAGACCAAGCACUGCUGGCAGAAUUACGUCGACUACCACAAGUGCAUCACCGCCAAGGGCGAGGACUUUGCGCCCUGCCGUCAGUUCAUGUUGGCCUACAAGUCGCUCUGCCCCAGCGCCUGGACAACGCGAUGGGAUGACCAGCGUGACUCGGGUAUCUUCCCUGUCCGACUUGACCAGUAG